GCGGAGUGGCUGCAGCAACUGCCAGGACAGGCGCAGCAGCUGCCGCAGCAGCUGCAGUUCCAGCAGCUGUCACAGCCGCUGCAUCAGCCGCCACCGCUUCAGCAGCUGUCGGAGCAGCAGCCCGAGCCGACGCCGGUGCAACUGCUGCAGCAGCAGCAGCAGCAGCAGCAGCCGCAGGAGGCCUCGUGGAUGCAGCAGGUGCCAGAGCAGCUGCAGUUCCAGCAGGUGCCAGAUCAGCUGCAGUUCCAGCAGCUGCCACAACAGCUGCAGUUCCAAAAACUGCCACAGCAGCUGCAGCCGCCAGAGCAGCAGCCGCAGCUGCAGCAGUCGCAGCUGCAGCAGUCGCAGCAGCAGUCGCAGCCUCAGCUGGUGCCUGAGCAGCUGCAGUUCCAGCAGCUGUCACAGCCGCUGCAUCAGCCGCCACAGCCUCAGCAGCUGUCGGAGCAGCUGCCCGAGCCGACGCCGCUGCAACCGCAGCAGCUGCCGCAGGCGGCUUCGUGGAUGCAGCAGGUGCCAGAGCAGCUGCGGUUCCAGCAGGUGCCAGAUCAGCUACAGAUCCAGCAGCUGCCACAACAGCUGCAGCUCCAACAGCUGCCACGGCAGCUGCAGCAACUGCAGCCGCCAGAGCAGCAAUCGCAGCCGCAUCAGUCGCAGCAGCAGCCGCAGCAUCAGGCCCUUCCGCAGCUGACCUCGUGGACGCAGCAGUCUCCGCCGGUGCCGCAGCGGUUUCCAGAGACGUUUGACCGCACUGCUGCCGCCGCGAUGCUGGCCCCUGCGCGGGCGGAGCCAGAGGAGCCCGCCCGAGCGGCUUCGGGACUGGCGCAGCUGCGUGCCCAGGAGCAGGCCCUGCUGGCGCAGUUGGCUCUGAUGGAGCAGCGCAUGCAGAAUGUCGAAGCGCUAGCGCAGCAGCAGCAGCAGCAGCAGCAGCAGCAGCAGCAGCAGCAGCAGCAGCAGCAGCAGCAGCAGCAGCAGCAGCAGCAGCAGCUGCUGGCCUACGAGAGCAGCCAGCUCGCCGAGACGCGGGCGCGGGCGCAGGCGCAGGCGCUGGCGGGCGCGGAGGUGCAGACCGAG